UGGCAGAUGAGCUUUUCAAUAGAAAAAAAUAGAUUAGGAUUGCCGCUCGCAGGUGACGGACUCUUCCAUCUUGUUUUGCAGGCUUUAGUGCAUGAAGAUACUAUAAUGUUGGUGAUACAGGGCCUGUGGCAUUUUCCCUCUCCAGACAAACCCCCCCUGGAGGAAACCUUGACAAGCAUGCUGAGCUUUGACCCAAGCAGGAGCUGUGGCUCUCUGGACUUGGCUGAUGGUUUUCCCACUGAUCCCCCCACUCAAGAUACCUUGUGGAUUGAAAGUCUGCAGAUGGCUUCUGAUCCAUUUGUUGUAACUGUCAGCACUAUACCAGAUGAUGAGCCCAGUCUGUUACAGGCUGAACUCCUGUGCCCUGAUGCCAUCAAAAUGCCACGGUCCCCCAAACUGGAUCAGGUAGGGCAGCUGGAACGCUUGGAGCUGGGUCAUGUAGAAGGCUUGGAGAUUUUGGGAUUUGAUCAGGUGGAACAUUUGGUAACUUCGGAACUGAUUGAAGAGGAGCCCUUACAACUGUUAGAGCAGCCGGGGUCCAUGCAGCCGCAUUCAGUGCAGCCGUCCCAGGAGGAUGAGCAUUCCGGGUCCAUGCAGCCGCAUUCAGUGCAGCCGUCCCAGGAGGAUGAGCAUUCGGGGUCCAUGCAGCCGUCCCACACAGAGGAGCAGCCGGAGGCUUUAGAAUGUGGCCACAUGGAAGAGUGUGCACCGCCAGGGCAGGAAGCCAUCAUGCCAGCAGAAUCUUCAGGGUGUGGUGCACAUUUAACUGUGGGAUCAGUACCAGGAAGCCCGACCAACAUGGAGCUGGAAGACUCAUCCAAGGUUGGAAUAACUGAGGAGGUUCCUUUCCCUGAGGAGUCUGAAAGGUUCUUCAGAGCAGUAGAGGAGAACCCUGAAGAUUUCAAUGGCUGGACCUACUUACUUCAGCAUGUGGAGGAGGAGAAUCACAUAGGUGCUGCCCGCAAGGCUUUUGACUCCUUUUUCUCCCAGUACCCUUUCUGCUAUGGUUACUGGAAGAAGUAUGCUGACACGGAGAAGAGGCUGAGUGGGAUACAGAUGGCGGAUGAGGUGUAUCGCCGUGGUUUACAAGCCAUCCCGGUCAGUGUGGACCUGUGGCUGCACUACGUUGACUUUGUGCGGGAGGUUGCUGAUGGUGCUGAGGCUGAGAGCCGUGUGCGACUUGUGUUUGAGCACGCAGUGUUCUCUGCGGGCCUGGAUUUCCGCUCUGACCGUCUCUGGGAAGCCUACAUUGCCUGGGAGACGGAGGUGGGCAACCUGGCUGCCGUUACAGCUCUUUAUGACCGUGUCCUGGCCAUUCCCACCCAACUGUACAGCCAACACCAUCAGAGGUUUAAGGAGCAUGUGCAGAACAACCUGCCAAAACAUUUUCUGUCACUGGAGGAAUUUUCAAAGCUCCGGAAGGAACUGGCUUCUGUGGACAAAUUGAGUGGGGAGGAGGUUACCCCCAGUGAAGAUCUCCCUUUGGGAACUGAGGACUUGGCCGACCCUGCCAAGCGUGUGACUGAGAUCGAGAAUAUGCGCCAUAGAGUACUUGAGUUGCGACAAGAAAUCUUUAAUCACAAUGAGAAUGAGGUUAGCAAACGCUGGACAUUUGAGGAUGGGAUCAAGCGGCCUUACUUCCACGUGAAACCCCUCGAACGAGCUCAGCUGGCUAUAUGGAGAGAGUACUUGGACUUUGAGAUGGAGAAUGGGUCCCUUGAGCGAGUGGUGAUGCUCUUUGAGAGAUGCCUGGUGGCUUGCGCUCUCUAUGAAGAGUUCUGGAUCAAGUAUGCUAGGUUUAUGAUGAACUACAGCAUCGAUGGGGCACGUGAUGUUUAUACGAAGGCUUGUUUGACACAUCUGCCCAAAAAGCCCUCUAUUCAUUUGCUGUGGGCAAUGUUUGAGGAACAGCAGGGUAAUGUGGAAGAAGCCAGGAGGAUCCUGAGAACCCUGGAAGAUCUGCUGCCCCACCUGGCUGUGGUGAGACUGAGGCGUGUCAACCUGGAGCGUCGCCGGGGCAACAUGGAGAAGGCAGAGUCUCUACUGCAGGAAGCUAUUAAAAAUGGGAAAACGCCCAGUGAGGCCGCAUUUUACUCCCUUAAGUUGGCGAGACUUUUCUUCAAAACGCAGCGCGAUCUGCUGAAGGCCAGAAAUGUGCUGCUGGAUGCCAUUAAAGUGGAUGAAAUGAGUCCAAAAUUGUACCUAAACCUUCUGGAGCUGGAGUACAGUGGGGAUGUGCAGGAGAAUGAAGACCAGAUUGUGGCCUGCUUUGAUAGGGCCCUGAGAAGCCCUCUGCCCCUAGAAUCUCGUCUCGCCUUUUCCCAGCGCAAGAUGGAGUUUCUAGAGGACUUUGGAAGUGAUAUCAACAUGCUUAUGUCUUCGUAUGAGGAACAUCAGAAGCUCUUGAAAAUACACGAGUCCUCUAAGAGAGAGACUGAAAAUGAUUCCCAGGAGCCGGAGGUAAAGAGACGGUGCACAGAAGAUGUGAGUAUGAACUUCAGCCAUAUGAGUGCCGAUAUGCAGGCGAGCCAAGCGUCAUACAGCUACAGCUGGUAUCAGAAUUACAGCUACCAGAACUCGUGGGCCUAUGGCCAGUACUACACCCCUCCACCAAUGUGAUGUGUCAUCAGAAUAAGACCUGUAUUCAAAAUGAUUUGGGUUUUGGGGUGGGGUGGGGUCGGAGUAGACAUGAGCUUGAAGUGCUUUUCUUUUAGUAUAUUCCUUGUACACAUGAGUUUGCAAUGAAGCAAAAUGAAUGUAACGUGGCUGUGAAAACCAACAUAUAAUAAACCAUACGUCUUAGGA